AUGACACCAUCAUUCUUUUUGGGUGGCUUUCCAGCAUGGGGAACUGCUCAGACAUGGUCUGCUCUACUUCUCUGCUCUACGUACCUCCUGGCACUGCUGGGGAACUGCACCGUCCUUUCCAUCAUUAAGGUAGAGCAGACUUUGCAUGCACCCAUGUAUCUACUCCUUGCUAUGCUGGCUGUGGCUGACCUGGGCUUGUCCACGUCCACAUUCCCAAGCAUGCUGAUGAUACUGUGGCUGGAGGCCAGAGAGAUCAGUUUUGGCAUCUGCCUUGUCCAGAUGUUCUUCAUUCACACCUUUACAGAUAUUGAAUCUGCUGUCAUUCUGGCUAUGGCCUUUGAUCGCUACGUGGCCAUCUGCCACCCCCUACAGUAUUCCUCCAUCCUCACCAACUCAGUGACCAUCAAGAUAUGUGUGGCAAUCAUUAUGAGGACUGUCCUUGUCCAGUUCCCACUCCCACUCCUGCUGACCCGGUUGUGUUUCACCAGGGCCAGCAAGCUCUCCCAUCCCUACUGUUUGCACCCAGACGUCAUCAAACACACAGGCUCAGACACGAGGAUUAACAGUGCCUAUGGACUGUUCGUGUUACUCUCCACACUGGGGUUGGACUUGCUUUUUGUCCUCCUGUCCUAUAUUCUGAUCCUUAAGACUGUCCUGAACAUUGCAACUUGGAGGGAGCGUCUCAAAGCCCUCAACACCUGCAUCUCCCAUGUCUGUGCUGUCCUAGUAUUCUUUAUCCCCAUGAUCUGCCUGUCCAUGAUACACCGGUUUGGGAAACACGUGUCCCCCCAGGUCUACACUUUCACAGCCAACCUCCAUUUCCUUGCCCCACCCAUCUUGAACCCCAUCGUUUACAGUGUGAAAACCAAAGUGAUCCGGAGACGGAUACUGAGGAUGUUCUGUCAAAGAGAGGUCUGCAACUCUAGGUCUGCCAUUUGCCGGUAA